AGAGGCGAACCAAUGUUGAGGAUGCGCCCACCCGGCCGUGGUUUCGUUCUCUUGUCAUAGAUUAGCAACUUACUCACCCACCAUAUACUUAUGAACGCGCUAUUAUGAAUGAUCAGUCUUUUUGUUGUAAGUUUUUGGCAUCACGUAUGCGUAUCUACUUAUACGACUACUUAGUAGUAUGUAGUUGCAGCUUACCUUUAGAAGUGGGAGUUAAACUGGUUCCACUCGCUGUUGCUGGUUCUUAAAGAUUCCCCAUGAUUAUCUUUAUCUCUCUUUUUUCACGAGCAGUGCUUUAGCACAAAUGUUGAAUCGAAUGAACUACGCAUGUUUUUCGAUAGUAGAUGUUUGUAGGCCUGUACGGGCGCGUACCAAGUCUUGUUUGCAAAAACUAGAGAACACUAACGUCGCGUUCUUCGAACUUUAUUUUAUGUUCUUUGAUACUGCACUACUUGCAGAUAAUUGAUAUUGUUAUUGUUUGAAAUUAGACGUCGGUAGGAGUUCUCUUUUAUAUUAGAAAUAGGUACAUGAACCACUCCUCAGAUUUCCAACAAUUAAAGUAGAUUGAAGUUAUUUAGGUGUUAAUUAGAGAGCAUAUGAACUGUUUAGUCUUAAGUUAGGAAGCUAAUGAAGAAUGAUAGUUCCACUAUCGUCCUCUAGAACAAGUGCAUUAAUAGAGUGAAAACAAAUGAGUACAUAGAAGAAGGGUCACUUUUUUAUUUGUUAGAACAAGUGUCGAGCUCCUUGUCCUUGUAGGACUAAGAGCUCGACCAAGACGAGACUAAGUCUUGUCCCCGCUGACUUCGAGGACGAUGCUAGGUGGUAGACGGGAUGCUCGGUCUUGAGGAUCUCGAGAAUAAGGAAGAUGACUCGCUAAAGAAGACUCGUGACACUUAUCCCAAAGUCGCCCAUACGGGAGGACACAAGAAGAAGCUUGGCGGCCAUGGAGAGGAACAUCAAGAUGGAGGAGGACAAGGAGGUGGGCGGGCGACUACUCCUGCAGGCGCUGGAAGUAACAGAUCUGUAGGGACGAAUGGGAAGGGACCUGUACCUGUUGUCAAGAAAGAUAAAGAUGAAAAGCCUGCGUCUUCUAGGAAAUUUGCAACUACAGGUACUGCAACUGGGACAACAAGUGUCAGGGACCAUCAUUCUGAGUCAACUUCUAAAGAGGAUGAGACUGCAGCAAAGGAGGUGUCAACAAGACACACUGCACCAAAGGAUCGAAAAUUAGGGACGGCAACAGGAACCAGUGUGAAGGAACAGCAUUCUAGUACUACUUCUACAGCGAAGGAGCCAACGAAAAGUACAAGGGAGACCUCGUCUACGCCGAAGGACCACAAGGGGUCAAGCAAGGAGUCGACCAGGCAUACUACACCACACAAGUCAACUAAACAGGAUGAGCAUGAGGCGGCACCAAAGGAUUCCACGAGGGAGACCACUGCUAGAACGGAGGAGUCAACGAGGCACACUACACCAGUUAAGGAGUCAACAAGGCACACUACACCAGUCAAGGAGUCAACGAGGCACACUACACCAGUUAAGGAGUCAACAAGGCACACUACACCAGUUAAGGAGUCAACGAGGCACACUACACCAGCUAAGGAGUCAACAAGACACACUACACCAGUUAAGGAUUUAACAAGGGAGACGAACACGAAGGAGUCUACAAGGCACACUGCACCAAAUAAGGAGUCAACAACAACGGAGACGAACACGAAGGAGUCAACAAGGGAGGCUAAGGAGUCAACGAGGGUGGAGACUACUCCAAAGCACUCGAAAAAGCACAAGGAUGAUGCACUUGCACAGGCACAUGCGGGAGAGAAACUUUCUGCGGUUGGUGGGAGUAUCCUGGAUGAUGGGCCAGUGUCCGUUGGCGAACACGAUCAUGUUAAUCGAUUCAAAGGAAUGCUCGAACUCAAUGCCGAUGUCUUUGAAGGCGAAGAACAUGAUGCGGAGCGUUACACGGCUGUCAGUGGAGGUCGUCAUACAGCAGGAGGCGCAACUACUACUAGUACUACGUCAGGUCAUCAACAUGGCUCACGCUCAGGCUCUCCUGGUGGUCGUGGCACUGGACAUGGUAGUGGUGCAACAACACAUCGUAGUGCAACUGCCACAACUAGUACAACAGGAGCAAGAAACCACGAUCCCAACAACCUUGGUUCGGCUAUACGCGAAGCGUCCACAAGAAAAUCUGCACGAACGACACUAGUGAGGGCACAAGACGAAGGGGCUAACGAACCAGCUACAGCCAACGGAGGCAGUAUCCACCUGGUGGACAGAAACCCGACUGCGAGUGUCAUUAGACACAGUAGAGAAUUGCAUUCGCAAGUCUACGUCUCAAGGGAGAUGCAAUUAGUGGAAGAUUAUGGCUUAAAUUUCGAAGUCAAAUCUGUCGCCUAUAAUUGAAUGCUCUUCGUUGAUUGUGCUUGUGUCAUGUUCCUACUGGCACACCUUCCACAAUUAUCUAGCAGGUGUAGCAUAGUUGAUGAUGAUCAUGAAAAUGAUAUUCAUAUUCAUAUUGCCUAGUAGUUUGUUCGUCCAGCACCAGUAUAAUUCGUAUUCCAUAUGAUCCUAGUGCUAGUUUGUUCGUCCAGCACCAGUAUAAUUCGUAUUCCAUAUGAUCCAUGUUCUAAUCAAGGGUGAUCCACUUCGUGGAACGUGCAGCUGUAGAACCUGCAACGCAGUCGGACGUGGAUGCUUUUGUGGGGUAUUUGGCUUUGGUUGUUCAGUUCCAGAAGCCCGGAUCCAUGAAGGUGACUACCAGAUGGCGACGCGCCAGGGUUCUUCUCCGUCUCAUGGCCUUGGUAGAGAGCGGAGGAAAGUGGACCGUGCAUGGUGCAAGGAGUGGACAGGCAGCCGGAGCACAGGCUGUUGCAGCACAGCACAGCAUUUUGGACGACGAGAUAGAUCGGCAAUACGACUUGGAUGCAGCACUUUUUGUUGGGGCAGAACAGUGUUUCUGGCAGGAUACGGGGACUGCAGGUGCAAGUCAUAAAGCGAAGUCUUUUCGAGCCGGGAGAGAAGCACCAUCUACUACUUCGCAACAAGGAGCAGGGUCCUUGUCAACGCAAGGGCAAGCGCAAGGUCAUGUGGUGGGGAUAAAGCCUGGAGAAGCUCACUCCAAGAAAUCGCCUACUAGGCUCUUGCAAAAUCAGCAGAACUGGCAGACAUUUUUGCUAGUUCUGAAGUUUCUCGCGAUUAUGCUUCCUAAUGAUGCUUUGAUGGCGACGCAUACGGAAAAGGAAAUCCGUGAUUUACCACCGGAUGAAAAAGGUACGUAUUGGGCGCCUGCUAGUAUUUCCCUAUUAGACAAGACGGAACUCGCAAUAUUGCAGAAAAACCCUUUUUACAUGCAAUUGGAGGCUGCAGCGAAAGAGUUUGAGAGGAGUAAGCGAAGUGGCAAAUUCUCCACGGUCGUGACUCGUAGUUCCACUAGGGGUGCGUUUGCUGGCACCAGUCAACUCUUCGGCGGUUCGGACAUCUUCGGGGGUCAACAGAACACGGCUGCAGAAGUGAGAGCCACAGUGUCUUCCCUCGUCCAUCAAAGCGUCAAGGAUGCCUUAGCCCACAGUCGCCAAAUGACGAGCAAAGUCGAACGAGAACUAGAAGUUCUAACCCUAAUAUGCAAGAUGCGCCAGGGAGAUGACAGCGCGUUUCGGAGACUGGGAACGUUGUCCUUGUCAGAACCAAAGGUGAAAAUGCGCGGGAGUGAAAUAGCAACUGAGGCCCUAUUUGGCGGAGAUUUAAGCACAGUGGCACGCAUGGACAUGGAACAAAGUAGACCCGCACGUGGACUUUUGUUAAGGCCUCCGUAAUCCACCUUCGGAAGCAUCUUGAUGAGGCUGCUCUCCUCCAAAAAGGAGAGAGAGAAGCAUGAUCAGGAUGCAUCUCGCGGUGGAUAUUAGGGGUGAGCUCUAAGUUUGGGGGAAAGCACUACUAGAGACUCUUCGCUUCGAGCGACAACACAAGAAAGGACAACGACUGGAGGAGCUCAAGGCGAUCUUUUUGUUAGGGGAAAAGGAUCUACCCAAGUAUCUUUACAGGAUAACACCGAUCCCAACGCGAGGUCUGGGCAAAGGCGACAUUUUUCUCGUGCCUCAGAGGUAAAGAACAGCACAGUGAAUGCAGGCCGACUCCGUACUUACAUGGGGUGUGUGACUGCUGCUCUGACUGCUAGUGACCAACAGAAAGGGACAGAACUGACUGCACAAGACAGGGGUGCCUUGAACUAUCUGCAGAAAGUAGGACAAACGAUUGAUCCAGCACAAAGUUUGGCUCACCACAGAGAACACGGCAAAUUGGACGAACAUCUGGAGAAUGCCGGUCAUGAGUCUUACAAUCGAGCCAAAGUAAGCGAUCGAUGGGACAAAGUGAGCGUGUAUUCCAAACAUGUGGGACGAGCCUCGACGGUGAUGGAGUCGCCGGCCAUAGCCGAAGCCCACGCGAAGCAGCAGGCUCAUAUGGUCAGAGAAACAGGCAUGUUUCCAUUAUCCGGACACCACGACCACGCGCACGGAUUGAUAGACUCAGCGAAGCAGUUACAAGCGAAGGCUUCGACAACGAGUGGUCUCGUUGGGCUGGUGGGAAUGGAUACGUGGAUGAAAGAAUCAGGCGGUGGGACCGGACGGUUUAGGAGACAGCAGAAUCGAGAUGUGGUGAGUCAAUCAACCUCGACUGGCGAAUUACUGAAACUGAUGACCAAUGAGCAUAGGAGAAGUCAGAGUCGAGCAGGAAGCGUAGAUAGGGAGACGAGUGGAGAAACAAUUACAGCUAGAAGUGGUAGUCUUACAGCAAGAACCGGAUCAGGCCUUCGAAGCCGGUUUAACAGGUCAAGAUCCCCUAGCCCGACUGCAGGUGCCAAUAAAAGUGCUACUUCUGGCUUACUAGCGAUGGUCCAAGUUGCCAAGAAGAGUGCCACGACUGGAGCAGCAAACCUGAGCACGACAAAGGACGUGAUCGCCGCAGCCAAGCAGGAAAAAGCUGAAGCGGCACAGAGGGAAUUAGAGGCACAAGCAGCUAGGCAAAGAGCUGCGGAGGAAGCUGCCGCUCGCGAAGAAGAGGAAAGAGAACGACAACGAGCAUCGAGUCAAAGAUCCUAUACCAUGGAGGAUACAUCAAGGGGAUUUACAGGUUUCACGGAAUAUCAUCCCUCAGCACCUCAAUGGUCCCCCAACAACAGUGGUCCUGGUACCCAAAUGAGUGGAGCAACGUCUGCAGGCCCUGCCUCUGCUCGAAUUGGGAACCAAUUUGGUGGCGGUGAUUUAAGAUUCACAUGUUAAUCUUGAUCAUUGUCAUUGAGCCUUAAAACAAGAACAACUACUUAGAAGUGAACAAGAAAUGUGCUGUUGAGCUCGAGCUUCUGUAGUUCCUGAUGUUGAGCCUGCUCUGUUUAUAAUAAUAAAUAAGUAUUAUAAUUUGAGCAGUUGUUGUUUGUGUUUAUAAUCAAAUAGAAAAUCUUCUUGUUCAUCUCUAAGAACCGGAUUACAAGGUAAAGAAAAGCUUCUUGGUGAGAGUUUCCAGCUGCAAAAAGCGCGGCUAGAGGCGGAGGCUAGGCAGAAGCAAUUGGAAGAGCAGGCGAGGCGAGAACGCGAGUUAGCAGCGAAACAGCAGGCUCAAAAGGAACGUCAAGCGCGGCAGCAGGAAGCAAAGAAGUUGAUGGCACUCCAAGUCCAGCACAAAGUCGAUGUAGUGAAAAGCGGACCAGGACCUGUAGUUGCUCUCGAUUCAACGUUGAGUGGUCGUGGACAAAAGCCGGACGCAAUCUCAACCUCAAGUAUUUUUGAUUUUUGCUUUCAUCGUCUGUGGAAGUUUAUUUUCUAGACGUGGACCUGAAGCUCUCUUUACAUAAGUACAUUCUAGACGAAUUUCGUCCGCAGAAGUUUUUUUCUACUAGAUGAAACCCGAUUGGAUUUCCCUAGAAGUUUUCCUUGUUUUUUAGAUGAGGACGUAAUCUUCGUAAAGGCCAUAAAAUUUGAAUUGAUUUUCAUCCACACACGCACAGACACGGAGCAUUGUCUUGACUUCCAUUUCCAUAUAGUUAUAAGUACUACGACUACAAUUUCCACACGUCGAAGUACUAGUACUUUUCGUUCUCCACUACAGUCUGUAUCAUCCAACAACGAGAUUCCACCUCGCUCUAUCUUCCCUUAAAAAAAGGCCAUCUUCCUGCUCCUCCUGCUCAACCUCUGCAUUUUUUGUCUUCUCCAGGUUCUUUCCUGGUGUUCUUGUGGAUAAUACUAGAUUUUUACUCUGAUCCACCACCAAACACAUACUCUAACUUUUUCUCCAGACCUUCCAGAUUCCACCUAUCUAAUCCUAUAAAUAUUGAUUCUACAACGACCUUUCGCUUUAUUCCUAAGAAAGCUGGUGAAGCUCAUGCUGCUCCACAUGGAUCCUCCAACUCUGCAUUUUCUCCAGGUUCAUCUGCUGUCGUUUCCCUGCAUUCAGCUGGAGGUCCACCUGCUGGCGACGGUCCCGGAGGAGGUCGCCCUUCAGCGAUUGCUCCUGAGAUUAGGAACGCUGCUAAGUCGCCAGAAGACGAGAACAGCAAGCAAAGGGUGGAUCCAGAUGCUGGCAGGCCCACUCUUUCUGACGAGGAGUUCUGGUGGGAAGGGCCGGUGGGAGAUGUAGCCAGUCCAUGGGAAUUCAUGAGGAAAAUGUGCUCGGUCAAGGUACUAAAACUUCUUCGGAUUACAGGAAAAUGUGCUCGGUCAAGGUACUAAAACUUCUUCGGAUUACAGGAAAAUGUGCUCGGUCAAGGUACUAAAACUUCUUCGGAUUACUGACAGAAAAUACUAACUCGCACUGAUGAUGCAUGCGUGCGAGUGUAUUCGGCUGGAUGCCUAACGCUAAUCUACAUCUAGUUCUAGCUUGAUGUUGGAUACUAAUUGGCACUAUUUAUCACAAUGUCGUUACCUAUUUGUCUUUGCGUGUAAUUGUCUUACUUUGUUCUUGAUAGUACGUGGAAAUCCUUGAGGUCGAGGCUUUGUCAGUCUAACAAGACGUAAGGCAAGUCGUAUUUCUCUCAACAUAGAUACCGUUUCUUGAACACCUCUCACCAAACCACUAUGAAACAAAUCAAAAUAUAUCCGGUAUCAUUCACAACUCCUUUAUCCCUCGUAUCACAACUCCUCCAAAUUUUCCCCCGUAACAAUUCAGUGGCUGGCGCAUCACAAGCAUGAGCAGAAGAAGAUGUUUUCGCCGGAUAAUAAGUCAGAAGUGA